AAAAGAAUAAGUCUGCUGCGGUCUGUUGGCUGAAGCCCUGAAGCGGAGUAUUAAUUAACCAAAUAAAAGAAUCCCACCCGAUAAAGGGCUGUGCACGACUUCCAAAAUGAUGAGCGGAAUUCCCGGUACAGCAGUGGUGCAGGUUACUAAUCUGUCUUCGGCCGUGAGUAGCGAACAAAUGCGCACUUUGUUUGGAUUUCUGGGGCACAUCGAUGAGCUACGUCUUUACCCACCAGACAAUGUUCCUCUCUCCUUCUCGUCCAAAGUGUGCUAUGUAAAGUUUCGAGAUCCAUCUAGUGUCGGUGUGGCGCAGCAUCUCACCAACACCGUUUUUAUUGACAGGGCUUUGAUUGUGGUGCCAUGCGCCGAAGAUGACUAGACUGGCCCAGCCGUAACACUACACUAGCCUGAGUCAGGCAUUGUUUUCCAAGCCACUAUCCCCGAUCGGGCCAACGAAGCCUUCAGUGGGGAAUGUGACCAGGAGAAUAGCCCGCUGAGCCUUCCAAGAUGGACACCUGUCUCUGUUUAUUAUAUUUUAUUUUGCUGCAUCUUGUUUAUGGUUGAUCUCUCCUGGUUGCUACUGCAAAAUGGAAUGCAUAUCACACACGGGACAUAAUGAGGAUUACUAACCACUCCAGGGUCAUUAUUUCAAAAUUUUGUCACUUUCUGUCACUGUUAUAACAUAUAGAGACACAUUUAUACAAUCAAUUUAUAAAUAAUACUCUUUUCUGCCUUGACCUUUUUCGAUUGUUGCAUUGAACUGUACAAUAUUGUAACUCCAAAUUAAGUAAAAAGGAAGCGUAAAUGUUUUUGAAAAUAGUUUUGAAAUAGUUCCAGUUUUGGAUAACCUUACCUAAAUUUGUUGUUCUUCUCUGUAUCUGAUGUUCUGUGUGCUAUUAGUGAUGCAGCCAUUGGGGUUGUCUUGUGUUGCACAACAUUCCAACACUGCGAAACGAUCGCCCCACGGGAAAGCGUCCAUGCUUGAUAUCGUAUGGUUCAUGACCAAUAUCUUACCAGUACAGGAAAGAUCCCAGAAGAGGCAAAGGCCUUGUCACUAUUGGCUCCUACCACUCCCAUUCCCAAUCUGAUUUCUGGUGGAGGACUGCUGCCAAUUCCAACUCCUGCUCCUCUUCAAAAUUUGAAUCUUCCAUUUAUGAAUCGAAUUUCAACUGGUGUAGAGCACAUUGCAGCAAUGCAAUCCCAGCCACCACUGAUGGGAAAUGUUGAUCCUACAAAAAUUGAUGAGAUACGGAGGACUGUAUACGUUGGCAAUUUAAAUUCACAGACCACUACUGCUGAACAGCUGCUAGAGUUCUUCAAGCAGGUGGGGGAUGUAAAGUUUGUACGAAUGGCUGGAGAUGAGACUCAGCCUACCCGCUUUGCAUUUGUUGAGUUUGUAGAGCAAGAAUCUGUCGCCAGAGCCCUCACUUUUAAUGGAGUCAUGUUUGGAGACAGACCAUUAAAGGUUAAUCAUUCCAAUAAUGCUAUUGUAAAGCCCCCUGAAAUGACACCCCAGGCUGCUGCAAAGGAACUUGAGAAUGUUAUGAGAAGGGUGAGAGAAGCUCAGUCCACAAUUGCAGCUGCUAUUGAACCAGACAUUAAAAAGAGCUCCUCUAGUUGGUCAAGAAGCUCACGUCGCUCACGAUCACGUUCUGGUCUGCGAAAGAAAAGGUCCCGCUCAAAACACAGAUCAUCACAGAAAAUGUGGCCCAGUGAAUCUCACAGUUCUCGGGGCAGCCACAAGAGGCAUACUCGUUCCAGGGACCGUAAGCACAGCCGCAGUCGUUCUAGAGGUCAGAAGAGGAGGAGCAACGAUCGGUCACAAAGCCCUCGUCGAAAACCAACAUCCCCACUCAAAAAGAGUAAGAAAGCAAAAAGAAGGGAAAGGAGUAGAGAAAGAAAAGACCACUCUACAUCAAAAAGAAACCGGAAGGAUGCGGGCGCGCUAAAGAGCAAGAGAAAAUCAAUAAAGGUGGAAAGAUUAUCCAAACGGGAGGAAAAGAGAGUGUAUGUAAGUGACAGAGAAGACUCGUCUACUCCUUGUGAAGAAGUAUCGUCCCCAUUCACCCAGCAUAAUGGCAGCUACAGGAAUCACGUGUCUAUGGCUGUGUGACUGUCACUAUGGUAAUACUUAUUUACAUAAUUUAGUUAUUAUUUUUAACUGGACUUGUGUGGCAAUUAAGCACAAAACUCAAAGAGCUUUUUAAACCUUGGAAUGGAAUUGACAUUAUAUUUAACCUAUGCUAUAAUCGUAGCUCUGACUUAUAAUUUUUGUCAGUAUUUAUGUUUUUCUUGAAUUAUUUUUGUGUUCGACAAACAGUGCAAAUAAAUGCACUUUAUUAGCAAAAAUAUAUUUGUACUGUAGUUUAUAUCGUUAAGUCUGAAGUUCCAACAACAACUCCAGGGAGAAAAUUCUAAAUUCAGUAGAUUUCUUAAAUACUGAAGAAUAUCAAUUUAUAAUGUAGUUUUUAUGUAAUGUUUUGUUUGUCACAUUGCUUGAAUCACAGAAUCUGUAAACAUUUCAUGUUUGAGGCCUCUA